UCAGAUGAAGAUAAUGGAGCCGACAAAGACGAAGCGAAAGGAUCGGAGAACGAAGCAAAUGAAGAUGGGCAGCCAAAACGUAAGAAGACCUUACUGCAUAAGACAAGUUCAGUAUUUAUGAGAAAUGUGCCGGCUACGAUCAAAAUCGCCGAUCUUGAAGCAAUUUGCAGUCGCAGUCCAGGAUUUUUGCGUGUAGCUCUUAGUGAACCGCAUGCCGAUCGCAAUUUCUCAAGACGUGCUUGGGCCACCUAUAAGAGAGAUGUGAACAUCAAGGAAAUCUGCUGGACUCUCAAUCAGACCAAGCUCAACGAUUCCACCGAUCUCAGCGUAAUCUUGAAUCGUGAUCUUACUCGACGCAUUCGCGGUAUCAGUGGCGUAUCUUGCCAUCAACAAGUGGCUCAAAAUGAUAUCAAAAUGGCAGCUAAGCUCGUCGCUCUCAUGGACAAGAAAGUUGGUCUUUUCUGCGAAGAUGAGCCCAAGGAGGAACGAGAUAAAGAUAUAUUCACGGGGGUUGACCUCGUAACAACAUCCAAAAAUCCACUACUCAAGCAGGUUGGGGAUGAGAACAAAAGAAUUGAAUUGAAGGAGAAGGGAAAAGAAGGAAUGCUUGUGAUUGAGAAGGCUAAAGGAAAACGGGGACAUUGA